ACUCUCUCACCGGGGGACGAACAGGAGGCUCCUCUGGGCCUCGGCAGCUCCCAAGGGCGCCCAGCCAGUGCUGGCAGUCCGCACAGGAAAAAAAACAAACAAAAACUCCAGUCUCCCUCUCCCCCAGUCUAAAAGGCUCACUGCCUAAUGUUCCCCUCCGCCCCCACCCCCCAACUGUGACUGCAGAGGGGAUGGAGUUUCCCUUACGCAAUUUAUGUGGUGUGGCGAGGUUAUUUAGCAUUAAGGCCCGAGCUAGACAAACAAUGAAGUCUAAGCCUACUAGCAAGAGACUUGGUAUGGGAAAUUUCACUAGGAAAAAUAAAAAAGUAUAAAACUAUAACAAAAGCUGAUCCACAAUUGCUCCUGAGGGAAGUUCAAAGUUUCCAGAAGCUUGAUUUAGAGAGGUCCAAGUGGGACAAACAUAUCUCCAGACAACAAUCAACUGAUAAUCAAGGUCCAAAGAUGCAGAACACCAACACAAAAUAUGACCUGGUCCAGCUACUUUUUCAACUAUCAGUUAGUUAUUUUUUGUUUAUGCAAGUUUUCAAAACUUCCACCGUAGAAGUUCAAAACAAUUAACACACAAACAUGCAAGAAGGAAGUCUUGGUCAGGACUGGAAUCCUUUCUACCCUUAACCCCUCAUUACACAGCCACUACCAAACCUCAGAGAUCCUCGCUGGCUGUAAAGCUACACGAUGAUCUGUCUGACCCAGUGCAGCAGGCACAGCACAGAACUGUUGAAUUUCCUACAGCACUAACUAAAGAGAACAAAAACGCAAGGAAUCAGCUAUCCUGCCUGGUACUUGACCCCAGCUGUUAAUCACACUCCCAUUGUGAAAUAUCUUCCAUGCUAAAAGGCAUAUGUGAAAAUUGGAAAUCAACUCAAAUCAUUUGUUCUUUCCCUGCAAAGUCAAAAUGCCUGCUGCAACCUGAGAUUUUUCUCCCUGUGAAAAUCAAGUCGCUCCUUAAUUCCUUUCUCUAGUAAAGUAAGGAGGUUAAGUUUCAAGUCUCCCACUGCAAUAUUUAUUCCAUCUCUCCUAUGCCACAUCUUCCCCUCUCAACACCCUGUGUAAAAUAACUAGAGGGCGGUGCAAGUAUAGGUCUCCGUGAUGGGGGAGUUGAGUUUGUAAUACCCCUUUUUAUUUAAAGUAUACUGAAAUGAGUUUAUUUCUGUUAAUUGUGUGCCCUACUUUCCUUUCAGAACCAUUCUGUAAGUAUAGCCUGUAUGCAGUGGUUCAAGAUGCACCUUGUGUUGGACCUUACUAAUAGAAAAUAAUUCAUGAUUAUCUACCAUCCUGCUGGACUUCGUAAUACCCGAAAAUUUCCUCUAAAAAGAAAUACUCCCAUUAAAAAAUUUACCACUUAACCAGCUACUAGUAAUGACCAGUUAGUCAGACAUCCUUGAAUUAUAUGCAACUGCAUUGAUAACCAGAAUGUAAAGUGUGACGAAGAUGACUAAAAAAUAUGCACAUAGAUUAUAUUGAUCGAGCUGCAAAACUUAAGCCAUUAACUAAGGUGGCAGGGGGAAUUUAAAAAAAAAAUAAUUCUGAUAAACUACUACUCCCCACAAAACUCACACCCACCAGCAUUAUGUGAUGAAUAACAAGCCUGUCUUGUGGUUUGUUUGUUGUUCCUCCCCCACAAAGGAAUUCCUAAAUUUACUGAGCAUAAAGCUACAUCUGCCUUGCUUAAUUGUGCCUCCUGCCACACUUCCAACCCUCUGCUGUAUCAGUUACAUUAUUUGGAUUUGUUGAAAAUACAAGAUGACGACCUGAUUUCUCUUCAGUAUUUCAUUUAGGUCUCACUCAAGUGCAAAUUAUCCAAAUCUACUAACUUCUGAACACUUACUCAAAAUAAACAGUACAUAACACAACUUCUGUUCAAAAAAUAUGGCAUGAAGCACUUACGUUUAUAAUACUGCCCUAAUUUAUGAAUAGAUUGUAAAAGUAUACCAAGACUUUCUCAAGUUGCAGUUUCAACCUUCCUUUUCUUUAUAAUAGACUCAUAACAUCCUGACAGCAGAUCUGACUGCCCUGAUCAUUCCUACCUAUCUUACCUCUCCAAUGUUUCUGAGGUUGUCUCUGUUUCAAAGGCACAAAAAAGGAUUUUGUUCUUUUCUCUGCCAGUCACAAGUAUCUCUUAAUAUAUUUGUCUAUUUACUUUCUAAAGCUUUAAUUUACAAAACAUCUGGUCUCUACUCUUGUAGAUUUUCUGAUUUCUAGUUCCUGCUUUCAAUCCUCCUCAGACAGAACAUCCUUUUUGGUUUGUUUUUUUUUUUUUCCAGUCAUAUAUUUGAAAAGUCACUGUGGCAUUUGAAUACCUCAUCUUCUCCCCACCUCCACUUUUUUUAAGAAAUGUAUUUUUGUGUAUUAGAUUAUUUUGUCAAUCCUUUUCUUCACAGGUCACUUUGAAUAAUUUUUCUCUGCUUUCAGAAACUGUCUUCUGAGUUCCUUUAUAUAUACAUCAAAUAUUAGCAAUCUCCCCUUGCUUACAGUUAAUUAAAUCAACGUUAAUCCAAAAGUGUCCUCCAGAUCUCUCUUGUAGAGUUCCUCCUAUGUUAUGGUUGAAAACAGUGCCCUCUCAUUUUGGGUUGAAUACAGUGUAUAUCAAAUAAAUAAGUAAUAAUAAGAAAAAAAUCAUACACCUCUAUCUUUAAGAAGAGCCAAUGAUGUUUUACAGCUGGUCAAGUGUUACUGCCAGCCUGCCUCACCUAGACUGGAGUCCAUUCCCCAUUGAGAUCUCCAACAUAAAAGUUACAGGCGUUCAUUAACAUCUCUUAUUUGUAAAUAUCCAAGGUGUCCCUCCUAAUACAACCCCGUGUAAUCUCCUCCCCUCCUUCCUCCUCAUCUUAGGAUUUCAGAGAACUUCAUGUCUGAUCAUAUCACCUCCAUAUUUCACAACAGUCUCAACCCAGCUGCUAAUAGCCAGAACAAGACACAUUCCAAGAACACACCGUGUCAAGAAAUAUCAUCACAUACACAACACAGACAUAGACUGUUCCUUUACUAGAUUAAACUCUGCCCUCAGAGGAAUGCGUGCAGUAACACUGAAGGUAACAGAGCCAACUCCAUUCUAUCAGUUAAAACAGACACACAAACCUAAAAAACAGAAACAAAAGAAAACCACCAAAAAAACAACCAGAAGGGAUUUCCUAGGUCACUGAUUCAGUACUACUAACAACAUCUUUCAUCAAGCUCCACCUGAAAAGCAGUUGUUACUUCUGUCCUGUUCUCUAGUAAGAGCUGUCCAGAAUGUUCCUGCUCUAUGAACGACACAGCCGGACAGGGAAGCUCAGCUGCCACACUUAGCAUGGCAAUCACUUCAAUGGCAAUCCAAGAUCUGAUUUGCAGCUAUGCCUUUCACAAUCCAGAGACAACUAUCAUUUAUAUUUUUUCUCCCAUCAUGCUGGUUGACACACCGAGCUAAAAAGAAGCAUUAAUAACUUUAACAAGUAUGUAUCCCACCCUGGACCAGUGCUCCAGCGCUGAAGAGACCCUUUCCCAGUACUUUGAUGACUGAUGCUCAAACCCUCUCACAGUGUAUCCAGAUCAGAAACAAAGAAACAAGAUUGUUUGUUUCUCUUUGACAAAGUGCUUGCAAACCAUCAGUAAUAUCACAGAGAUCCCAGGCUGACUUGUUAUAGAAAACCCUGAAGUGAAAGAGCCCUGGCAUAUCCACUGAUGAGGUAAGAGUGAACUGUAAUGCAAGUUUGCAACUGGCCUGCCCCAAAAGUUUCUGCUUUUGGGCUGUAUUGUUUUCCUUCAUUUUCCUGGCUUAGCAAAGUACUUUUUUUUUUUUUUUUUUUUUAAUUUUUUAAAAAUUUCUCUUUCUGUUAGCUUUAUUCUCACAGAAAGCUCAGUGCUUAGACGAUCUUCUGAUUUCCUUGCUAACCCUGAAGUCUGUCAAUAUGAAGCCUUAUUCUGAGCAGAGAGAAAGGAAAGCAUCUCCCCACCACACUCUUACUGAACAGCACACUGCAGGUCAACUGGAAUGGCUCCAUCAGAAUACGAGUACCUAUAAAUUGCUUUUAAAAUAACUUCUACUUGUUUUAUCAUGUAAGAACCUAUAAAAAAUAGCAGCCUCCACAGUAGAGACAGAACAAGUACUAUCAUACCUUUAAUAACUAAAAGAUGAAAUUAACUUUUAAAGUAAAAAAAUCUCAAUGAGAAUUUAUCUCAAUGCAUAAGGUUACUAGACUAGAUUUACCCAAACUGGCUAGACUACAAGUCAUGAAGAAACACUGGAAGCAUAGUCUUGCAUGUAGCCAGAAAAACGACUGAAUCCAAGAACAGGAGACACUCAGGAAUAUUUCAAAUAGCCACAACUAAACUGACCAUUUUUAAUAGGGGCAAGGCUGAAAGAAGGAACUACUCUUGUGUGAUUGUUCCUGGGAAACUCAGCAUUGAUAAACAGCUAGAAUUCCCUGGGCUCCCUUCCUGCCAAUGACCUGGGCCUGCAGAUGUCCCGUGCCCUGCAGCAGCUGCUGCUGCACAGGCCUCUCUUACCAACCCCACAGGGAGCCCCACCACAAUGUGCAAGGCCCAGGUUUAAAUGCAGAGCAGAUGUUCGUAGGGUUGCACAGCCCAGAAAAUGGAAGCGUGUGUUCAGGCACCAUUUAAGAGCUCUGUUUUAGCUUUGCAUCAGUGAAAAAGCCACCGCAGCGCUGAGGCUGACAAGCAGAGUGGAAGCAGAGUACAAUUUCCUCUCUCUCAUUACAAAAUUAAACCCUAAUCUUCACGUAACGUUCAUCUGGUCUGAAGUACAGGCCACAGCACUCCUCCCAUAGCACCUAUUUACUUCUUGGUGGUUCUCCCUGCAAGAAAUAGUUCUGUUCCCAGGUACAAAAGACCAUUUGUCAGAGCUACGCCCACACUUGGGUAUCUCACAGCUGGGGUCUGACAGUGCUGUGGUGGAAAAAUCUUCAGCUGAUGCUCUCACCCACACAGGGUCUGUAAAGCGUAAUCUCUCUGAUGCAAAAUAACGCUUAAGCUUUUAUAUUUGAAAAUACGUAAUUCAAUUUGAAUUAUGUAUUACAUUUCCUCAAGAACUAAUAAAAUAAAAUUAUGCAACUUUUCUUGAAAACUUCCACACCUGUAUGACAAGCACUUUCUGAACUUUUGUAGUUAGCCUACGACACGAUGCAGAAAUUUUGCCUUAAUUGGUUCAGUGACAAUUUCAAGCACUCACUGAAAUGGAGCUGUUCAUUAAAAGUCAAAUUGCCUUGGGAUUUUUCUGAACAAGAACUGGGUUUUUUCCCUGUCUUUAAUCUAAUUCUUCCCUCCACUGCUGCUUAAGAAGACGACAAUUUAUUGUAGUGCCUCAAAUGCAGAUUUCGUCCCAGGUAAAUCAGACAGCAGUACACAACUCACAGGCACACACCUGAAUGUUCCCAUUCUUAAUCCCUGCCACAUUUCUGUGUUACACUAGGCUAUAAAAAAGUAACUAGAUGCCAGGGAAACAUCACUAAAACAGUACAACCAUGGCCCAUUGCAGUAAGUAUGCAGAAUAAAGCCUUCAUCUAUUUGUAAUAAGAUUUGUAAUAAAAUUUUACCAGCAAUAGCUGCUAUUACAGGUUCAAAGACUGGAAAUUUGAUUUAAACUGUUGAAAAAGUGCAGGAGUAUCAUCUGUGCUUGACUCAAAACCUCUUCCACCAUAAUGUGUACAUGGAUGAUCAGCAAAAGAAUAUGCAGUAAAUGAUUUUGUCCAGAUCAUCAUAUUCUGGAUUUUAUUUUCUUAAAAAAAAAAUUAUUUUCUUGCAAUAGCUUGAUUUAUUUUAUACAUAUUUGGUUGUGAUUCAUACACAGAAUAUCUCCUUAUUUUUGUGAAGAAUGGAGUGACACUGUCCUCAGCCAAUGGAGAUCUGCAGUUCCCUUGGCAUCUUUCCAGCACUUACGUAAAUCUGCAUCCCUGUGAAUACAGCCUCUGGAAAGCUCAAAUGAGAGGAAUGGAGCAAAACAGGAGCAGUUCCAAGACAGAGCAAUGGGCUGGGAAACACACCUGGAAACAGAACCUGCUCUCUUCAGUGAAGCCCGACCAGCCUUGCCGAGGCAGUUUGAGACAGCACUGCCACUGCUGCCCCAUCCCUCUACCAGCUAUGCCUGUCACAGCAAAAGUGCCAAACCAGCUUUCAGUUACCGUCCAGUUUUAAGUGCCAAACAAGGCUGGUAUGAUAGGAUGAACAAGGCAAAUGUCAGAGAACAGAGGCUGCUCAGAGAGUUUUGCCAGCUCGUCACUGAGGUGAUCCUCUCCAGCAAAAAGAAUGGCAGACAGUUCAGGAGAGGGACCUGAACUGCCGUGAACAGUCACUGUCAACAGAGAGGGCUCACCAGAGUAGGAGACCACUGAGAUGACAACUAUUAAAAAAAGAGACAGUUAAGGGAGAAGGAAGAAAAGGGGGGGGGGGGGGAAGGAGUAUGAGAAUCAACAGAAGACUAGGGAAGAGCAGGUAGGGAAAGGGAAGAAGGCAAGACAGAACAGAAGUAAUCAAAGGCUGUAUGGUAUGGAGAAGAGGUGUCAUCCCUUCAGCCUGAAAGUACAAUGGGAAGGAGAUGCCAUCUGGAAAAAAAAAAAAAAAAAAAAAAAAAAAAGGAAAAAACACCACAAGAAACAUACAAUAAACUUAUCUUGCCUUUUUUUUCUUCCCCCCUAAACGUUUUACGUUCAAUUUUUAAGUUCAUUCAAAUGCUCAGCAGUCAGAGCAAAACACAACAUACAAUUUGAGAACACUGAAAAUAAUCUCUAUGUAUUUCAAGCAAGCUCGUGCUUUGUAGCUGUUUUGCUUUUGAAUACAGAAGAAAUCUCUCCGUUGCAAAUUCAGAAAGGAAACACAAGCGUUUCUACAGCCGGCAUUUUCCAUGUCACCCAAAUGAACAGUGCCAUCUCAUCCUUUUUUUUAAUUAUUAUUGUUACUUAACAUAAAAGCGCAGCACUCCAGACCUUAAGGCUUGCGGGAGCCGACUGGUCUCUGUUCCAAAACGCUUCAGACACCUGUUAACCGCAGGCUGAACUACGGGCGCUCGGAGCUUCCCAAGCCGCCCAGGCUGGAGAACGCACCAACAUGAGCCGUACUGCGGGGCGGGAAGGGGCGGAAAGGGACGGGAAAGGACAGGGCAGGGAAGGCGGGGCCGUCCCCUCCCAGCUCCGCUCCCUCACCCCCUGCCCCGCAGCGACGUCCCCUCUCCGCGCUUACCGCACCGGGCACGGCCGCGCUGCCGGCUCCCGAAACGCCGCUUCGUCCCGUGCGCAAGGCGCAGCCUCCCGGGAGCUCCCUGGCCCCGCCAGCCCGAGACAAGCCGGCGCUGCGGGGGAGCCGGGCGGGAUGCUGCGGGCGGGAUGCUGCGGGCGGGAUGCUGCGGGCGGGAUGCUGCGGGCGGGAUGCUGCGGGCGGGAUGCUGCCGGCGGGUGGGAUGCUGCGGGCUCGCGCCCCGCCACAGCCAGUGAAUCAUCAGCAGCCGCGGCUUCCCGGCCCGCGCGCGCGGCAUGGAUCGGGCGCGUGACGCUCCUGGUCCAAUGGGCAGUGCGGGCGGGAGCGACCCCGCGGGCGGCCGCAGGUGCGGGCAGGGCGCGGCGCCAGGAGGAGACGUGGGUGCGGCCGCGGGCAGCGAGCUCCAGGCAGAGCACCAGUUGGGAGUAACCCCUGCGUGUCGCUUGCCUGGCAGGAACUCACACAUUCCAAAGGGGAAUAUCAGUUUUGGAAGGAGAGGAAUGGCCGGUCCGCACUGGAGGUGCUUGCACAGAGGGAGCCAUUGACGGUGGGACCUGGUCGGGGGCAGGGGAGCUUGUGAGAAGUGCUGUCUCGGCUGCCAGGAUGUGAAGGGCAGUGCCCUAAAUCUAUCGGGAUUCAGUUCAGGCCUCUUGAACCAUUUCACAGAAUCACAGAAUGGGUAAGGUUGGAAGAGACCAGAUGGGUCACAUGGUCCAACCUCCCUGCUCAAGCAGGGUUAUCCCAGAGCACAUGUCACAGAACUGCAUCCAGACAGUUCUUGAACAUCUCCAGUGAGAGAGGCUCCACAACCUCUCUGGGCAACCCAUCCUGACAUCUGAUCAGCCUCGCUGCAAAAAACCUCAAUUUUUCUUAUGUUCAAUGGUAGUGUCAUCUACUUCAAUUUGUGUUUAAUGCUUCUUGUCCUGUCACUGGACACCUCUAAGAGCAAUCCUAUCCCACCUUCUUUACUCCCACCAUCAAUUCUUCAUAAACAUUGAUAAGAGCACCCUGAGCCUUGUCUAAACGAAGCAAUCACAGCUCCCUUAGUCUUUUCUCAUACAUCUCUUGCCCAGUCCCUUCACCAUCUUCAUGCUUUUGAUCAUCCUCAUAGUGAUCAAGUGUUGUAAUGAACAACAUGACUUCAUUUUUCUAUCCGUGGCGAGGAAACAAGUCUCACACACCUGUCCAAUGAAGUAAC